AUGGAGAAUGAAAUUAAAGCUUUGCUGUGGGACCGGACAUUUGAGAAUGAACGGCCGGGGGUGGCUGUGGGUGACGAGCCAGACGAGCCCCCGACGCGUGCCGGACACCCAUCCCGCAGAGGUGCCUUGGACGGGGGGAAACCACGGCAGCAGGGCUCGGGGCUUUGCGGGGCCGCCGCCGAUGGGCAUCAGCGGAUGGGAGCAGUAACACUGGGACAAAACCACCCUAUAGUGCGGAUCACGACGCGGCGUAGCAGGUCCCCGGAUUCUGAGACGCUUUGUGAAGGAAGAUUCACCCACAAUAAAAGUCAAAUCAAAAGGUCCGUCUACCACAGCUCGCAGUGGAUGGUGGCGGGGAACACGGACCACUCCUGCAUCACCCCGCGGCUCUACAUCCACCCCGACUCCCCCUGCUCGGGGGAGACCUGGAUGAGGCAAAUCAUCAGUUUCGACCGGGUGAAGCUCACCAACAACGAGAUGGACGACAAGGGGCACGUAGCCGGCUGCAUCGGCCUUCGUCCGCUGCCUCGCACCCCCAAAUAUCGGCUCAAUCGCACCCCUUUGCAUGACCAACAGUCCCCGAGUCCGGGGCGGGCGUCAGGACCGGGCCCUCGGGAGAGGACCGCAUCCUGCCCUCGUCCGCUCCUGCCGAUGGCGGUGCUGAAGCAGGCGCUGACAUCAGCGGGGAAGGGCGAGACCUCCGAGCCCGGGCCGGCCGCUCCGCAGCCCCGUUCCCACGCCUCUCCGCUUUUGCUCUCCGUGCUGCUGCGGAGGAGCGGCGAGCCGGUGCUGACCGGCGAUGCUAUACACGAGAAGGUGUCGGUCAUACAGCGAGGCAGGGACCCGGCAGGUGGGAGCUCCAGUUCUUCGCCGGUGGCCUCCAGCGGCGGGACGCCCUCUCCUCUCAACCCCCUGCUCUCUCCAUCGUGUUCGCCUCCUACGUUUCACUUGUCAGCGAGCAACAUCGGCGUGUCGUGCCCCGAGACCUACCUACACAACCUCAACCUGCCCCUCUACUACAAGAUUUGUCCUACGAGCUUCCUAAGACAACAGUCUCUCAUCCUUCCAAGCCACGAAAAACUGGGAGGCACCAACCCGCAUCUCGUACCCCACUUCAUGGUGGAUAUGCCAAAGCUAUCUUCCCUCGGCAUGACCAGUCUGAAAAAUGCUAAAGCUGAAGACUUAAACGGGCAAUGUCUACAAGUACCCAAUUCUGCCAGUCAAAUGCUGUACGGAUUACAUGCAUCUGGAAACAUUUUCCCAUCAAGUCCCAUUGCUCGGGAAGCACUUAAUUGUUCUUUACAUCCUCCAUAUGGCUUGUACGGUUAUAACUUCUCCGUGCCAUCCAGACUGAUGAAUGCAGCAAGCCAUUUCAAAGUGAGUGACAGCGUUCCGGCUUCUUUGAGAGACGGCAGAUGCAGUCAUUCUAACUGGCACCCGACAAUUAACCACUGCCUUUAG